CUUGUGGAAGGGAGAUUGUUGUGUGUAAGAGAGAUAAACCGCAUUGCAUGCUGGGUAUUGUUCACUCUCCAGGUAUACCCGUCAGAGUUUGGAAAGGAGCGUGUGAAGUCAGAGGAGACCCAGGGACCGCUGGAGCUGAGAGCUCUGCCCGACGACUCGGACAACGACACCGAGGAGGAGAAGGUUUACAGGGAGAAGAUGCGGGAUUACCAGUUCAAGCGUCUGAAGUAUUACUACGCCGUGGUGGAGUGUGACUCUGUUGACACGGCGGCUAAGAUCUACGAAGAGUGUGACGGCUACGAGUACGAGAGCAGCUGCUCAGUCCUUGACCUGCGGUUUAUUCCUGAUGACGUCCAGUUCGACGAGGAGCCCAAAGACGUGGCGACGGACGUGAAUCUGUCGGCUUACACGCCAAAAGUGUUUACCUCAUCAGCCACCACGACGUCAAAGGUUCAGCUGACGUGGGAUGAGACGGACCACGAUCGAGUGACCGCCAUGAACAGAAAGUUCAACAAAGAGGAGCUGCUGGACAUGGAUUUCAACGCCUACCUGGCCUCCUCCAGCGACGAAGAAUCUGAAGAGGAGAGAGAGGAAGGAGGGUUUGUGUUUGGAGAGCAGGAGAACGAAGAAGACAACGAGGACGACAACGCGACAGACGCCAAACAGACUGAAGAGCCGGUCUUGAAGGUGGAGAAGAAACCCCAGAAAGAGGACGAGAAGAAGAAGAAGAAGAAGAAGAGCGGCGAGGAGCAGAUCUCUAAGUACCGAGAGCUGCUCAAAGGAAUCCAGGACAAAGAGAAGAAGCUGCAGGAGGACAAAGACAUGGAGAUGGAGAUCACCUGGGUGCCAGGUCUGAGGGAGACGACGGAGCAGCUGGUGAAGAAGAAGAUGGAGGGGAAGGACAACCUGACGCCGUGGGAGGAGUUUUUAGAGAAGAAGAAAGACAAGAAGAAGCAGAAGAAAAGUCAGAGGAAACAGGGAGAGAGUGACGAUGAGCUCAGUGAGGACGAGCUUCCUCCAGACGUCGAUCUCAGCGACCCCUUCUUCGCAGAGGAGCUCGCUGCUUCAGACGUGAAGAAGCAACAGAAGAAGAAGAAGAAGAAGAAAGGGGAGGAGGAGGAGCGCACCGCUGAGGAGGAAGAAGAGCUGGAGAAACAAAAGGUCAGAGGUCAAUGGCUGCAGCUCCACGUGAGUUUAUCACAUCUGUAAAUAUCACCUGAAGACAGCAUCUCAAC